GAGUUAUGGAGAGGUACUGUAGAGGAGGCGACAUCUUGGUAUACCCAGUGAAGUGGGCGAGAGUUUCUCGACGCAUCGAGACCAUGCUCCUCGCCGCUGCGCCGAAGGAGGUCAAGGAGGAACUGAGUGUACUGCCGGACCCGGCAAUCCAGGUGAGAGCCUUGACCAAGGUCACGAAACAGGUAGACCUUACCCCCGACGACGCUAAAGUAAUGAAACUGCAUGCCCAGCUACUGAGCGAGUUGGAGGCAAUGGCCCAUCGUGGGGACCGCAGCAAGGGUUCCGACAAGGCCGGAACCAAACCUGAGGAGAAAGCUAAGGGAAGACCUCCUAGGCAUCCCAAGAGUAGCCCCGAAGGUGCACAGGCUCCGCCACCACCGCCUCCGAGCACGGAGGCAGCAGGUCAGGGAACGGUUGCAGGCACGCCGGUCACACUGGCCUCGCUGAGUGCUCAGCUGGACUCGCUGAGAGCAAUGGUUAGGCUGUGCAGGCCCCAGCAGGGAGUAAAAAUGGCUAAACAAGAGUGGCUCAAGACAGCUGGUGGAACGCUCGUCGUACCGCCGGAAAUGGCGGGAUGCCGUGUUGAGUGGAGUAAGCGAAAGGGCUUAAAGGUGACGCACCCAACUCUAGGAGUACUGAGUACAGGGGUAGGCCGCAACACGUGCCCGUACUUGCAAGAGCAACAGGCACUACAGCUGAUAGCAGAGCUAGAGGCCAGUCGUUUGGAUAGCUUCCGCCAGCAGGUCCAGAAUCUGGAGUGUUCGCUGGAGGUCAUUCAGACCAGUCCCAAUCCCACAGAGGCGUUGCAAGCAUAUGCGACCACAGGCACCCGGAGGGAUGCACUAUGCGCUGUGAUGGCGCAACCUUACCUGAAGGCGGUGCCGGAUGAGAUACGGGCAACUCUAGCUGAGGCCUUUACGGUUGGGAACCUGGAUGAUGGGAAGGCAGUAUUAAAGGGUCUUCCGUUGAAGCGGGCCGCCAGGAGGAGCCUUCUGGCGUCGGACAGAUGGAUUGUGCACUUGUGUUCAAGUAGGCCGAGGCCCAACGAGCCAAUUGCCGAGUGGUGCCAGGGGCAGGGAAUGUCAAUGGUUUGUGUAGAUGUCUUAGAAAAGGGAGGAAAGGGAUGGGACUUGUGCAAGCCUAAUGGGGUAUGGAAGGCUCUAAUGUGGGCAGCCUCCUUGGGUAAGAUCGUGGGAGUCCUAUCGUCCCCUCCCAACAGUCAAGCCGGGGAUAAGCAAUCCUUAGCCUUGCGGGGCAUGUUUCUUUGGUCGUUGGCCUCAGCUGUACGAGGAGCUGGGAUUCCUUACUUGGCCGAACACCCAGGACUGCCAGAUCACAUCCAGAAGGACUUCGCAGCCUGGUCAGGUGCCAGCGACCUCAUAGUGACAAAGGGGACUAUGGGUUCCCGGUAUCUAAGACCUACGGUUAUAUGCGCGAACUUAGAGAUGGGAUUCAUGGGAGCUCUAUCUGCCAGGGAGGAGGAAGUGACGCCUCCUCACACUCGGGAGUGGACCACGGAUUUCCGCAGAGAGAUAGUUCGAGCUUUGAGGGGGCGGCCAACCACCCCUACAUGCACCGAGCUGGAUGAAUUAAUCUCAAAGAGGGUACACACCCCCAAGGACCCAGGGUUUUCGCCUAAUGAGGAUAGCGAGGCCCUUGCGCGUAUGUUUGAGGCUGAGAGUGUGAUCUCCUCGGAGGACGAGGAGGAGUGCAACGCGGAAGUGGGGCAAGCUCUGAGUGCAGAGGUUCAAAGGGUUGGAGGUUUAGGUCGGGAGGAUUUGGACCGUUGGCGAGACCACAUUAUCAACGGUCAUGUGCCGUACCGCAGAGACUGCAAGCAGUGUAUUGAAGGCGCUGCGGUGGGUGUUCAGCACCGCAGAAUCCGACACCCACAAAGCUACACGUUAAGUGCUGAUCUGUUUGGUCCAGUUCCCAGCCUUGAGCACGGUAGAGAUGAAACGUGUGUAUCCGGAAAAUGUAACCUGAGAUACGCUCUAGUAGGAGCCUUCAGACUCCCAAGGUCUGCCAUUGAAGGUAAUCCUGGUUGCGAUGGUGUGCAGGACCUAAGGAACCCAGGAGGAGCAUCCGACGCAGUCUUGGCCGACAGCGCAGAAGAUCUGCGUCUUGAGGACUAUGAGCCUUCCGAGCCACCGGAGGCUAUCGAGGCCCCGUUGAGUCAGGAACAGAAAGAUGACCUAGAAGAAAUGCUAAGGCCUCCCAGUGCGGACACCUGUGCCAGAGGUGAGGUUCCAUUCAGGGCACAGGCGGUUGAAGCUGCAGAGCCAGUAUCUUUGAUGACACCAGAGGAUCUUCCUCAGGACCCAGAGGCCUUUAAGGAGCUAGUGCAGCAACUGCAAGAGCCUGUGGAGCAAGUGGUGUUAAGGUACGUGAUUCCACUAAAGGGGAAGGGAGGUCCAGAGGUGACAGAAGGUCUUCAGAAGAUGAUCCUGGCCAUCAAUGCUCGCUACCCGGUGCGAAUCCUUCAUACAGACCUGGGAACGGAGUUCAUCACGACCAGCCUUUCAAGGUGGUUAGCAGGCCAGAGCAUCAGGUUUCAGCACACCCUCCCCACAGAUAAAAAGGGGAAUGGACUGGCAGAAAGGACGGUGGGGUGGGUUAAGAGCCGCAUAAGAACACUCAUCAAGUCGGCAGAGCUGCCUAUUCACUGGUGGCCGCUGGCCGCAAGAUGGGCUGCGGAAUCUCAUAACAGGAAGAUUCUAGGAAUCCCUCCUCUACCAGCCUUCGGUCAAGGUGUGUUGCAUCGUGUAAAGCAGCCACCAGAUGGGUCGAGACAGCUUCAGAAUCGAUGGAUUGAGACUAAGUAUGCCGCACCCCAUUCUUCAAUACCUGAUGGCCAUGUGUUGAUAACUCAGCAGGGCAACUUAGUGGCCUCAAAGGGUUUCCGGGCUGAUCCUGUCGACCCGACAAAGUUGGAAUCGUUGCAUCUACCGAAACUGCAAGAGUUGGACGAGGUUGAGGCCCCCAUCCAUCCAGAGGCACACGAGGGUCCACUUCAGGACUCCGGACCGCAACGGCGCCUGAGGAGCAAGACAGCGGUGAAGUUUGUGGAGUGUGAUGUUGGCAGCGACCUGGAGUCAUAUGCAUGCACAUGUCUAGUAAAGGAAGACUACUCAGACCAGGCAUUGAGCGGUCUCGUGCAGAGGCUUCCUCUAGAGGAUUCGUCAUCCAAGGUUCCUCAAUCGUAUCUUGUUCCAGAAAACUGGGAUCCUGGAGGGAGGGACAAUGAGAUUGGGAAGGAGCCAUUGAGUUGGGAUUUAGACGAGGUGAUUCCACUCUCAGAGAAGGGCAACUGGCAACGACUACGUGAUCAUGGUUUCCAGCUACCCUCGGAGCCUGAUGAGGAAGUGCAAGUGAAGGUUAUUGGGGCAGGUGAUCAAGGCCCGCAGGACUCCGAAGGCUCUGGCGCACAGGAGGAGCCGUGCCAAGGGGAAUCCAUGAUGGAUGACUUGCAGCCCCAUAGCAACACCGAGUUGGUGGGUUGGGAUUUCAGUAACGGGGAUCCGGGUGAGUUCGCUGAUGGCCGUGAGGACUUAGCAGGGGUCGACAUGUGUGUGUAUCUCCGGGAGAGAUAUGCUGAGCAUGAAUUUCGUCGCCUCACCUUUCUAGGCAUAAAGACUCCAGUGGACCUGCCGUAUCUAUACGAGGAAGAUCUAAUGGAAGCUGGAAUCAACCCACAGACAGCGCGCCGAAUUAUGCAAGGCAUUCAUCCUCCUGGCAUCAGGCUGCAUCUCACCCGAUGGGAGGAGGCUGCGAGGACCGAAGUCCAGUCCCUCGAGUCGAUGGGUGCAAUCAGAAGACUUCGUGGGCAGGAGGCCCGGAAUGUUCUGAGAAGUGGGACCAUCGAGAUGGUUCCGGCCAAGGCUGUAUGUACGGUGAAGCCCGCGCAGCCGUAUAAACGUAAGGUCCGUGUGGUUUCGUGCGGGAACUUUGCUACAUCCACGGAAGAGGCGCUGCUAUAUGCAGGUGGAGCAGGCGCCGAAAGCUUGAGAACUUUGCUCGUGCAUGCGGGACGACGAGGGAGGCGAUGCUUCGGGUUGGACGUGAAGAGUGCGUUUUUACUUGCUCCUAUCCCUUCGUACGUGAAGAAGAGAUAUGGAGUUAGACCUCCAAAACUCCUCACUGACCUCGGCAUCUGCACUGCCGACGAAGUCUGGCUCAUAGAGCGGGCACUCUACGGCUUCCGCGAGUCGCCGCGUUGGUGGUCAAUCCACCGUGAUAGCAUACUAUCUACAGCCUCCUGGGAAACCGAGUAUGGCCGCAUGAAGCUUAGACAGUUGUCCAGUGAGUCGAACAUCUGGUCCAUGGACUUGGAAUCCGGGGGAUGUCUAGGACAUCUUCUGGCAUAUGUAGAUGACUUCCUACUGGUUACUGAGGAACCAGUGGCUCAGGCCUUUCUUCGCUGGAUAAGGGAGAGAUGGGAGUGCACGGACCUACAGACAGCCACGCAGACCACGCCGCUGCGAUUCCUCGGAGUCGAUGAGUGGGUGCGUGAGUUUCCCGCUCAGGAGGAGUACGAGGAUCAAGAUCUUCGAGUCACCAAGGCAUGUGGUGAAGAUAGGCAAGCCGGAUGGAAUCAGGGUGUACUCGGACGCGUCGUUCGCUCCCUACAGCGAGCAUAG